AUGUUUCUCGUUCAAGAGGUGGAAAAGAAAACGAAGAGCUCUAUAUCUAGAAGCUCUGGUCCAGUACAGACAAAUGCAUUUGGAAGAAAGCAGAGGGCUGCUGUUACAGCAGCUGUCACAGCAGCUUCUGCCGAAAGCACGUCGACAUCGAGCAGGCUAAGGGCUGUUAAUAAGCGACUGGCUGAAUUAGAAAGAGAAAACUAUCACGAAAACAUUAAAAUAGAUAUUCCCAAGCGAAAUCUAGAAAUGAUAGGAGGCGGGCCAGCAAGAACAGGAUUAACUCCAGCGUCGCGUAAAGUGUUGGCAUCCAGAAAAACAUUAGCCAAUCACUUUGAUGAUGAUCCAGCGUCAACAAAACUAUAUCUCGACGUUGCUAGUUCUCCCUCUGCUUACCCUUCAAGGCCAAUGUGCAGUAUUUGUGGAUACUGGGGAAAACUGACCUGUAUAAGAUGCGGAGCUCGGUAUUGUGGACGGGCCUGUGAAGAGACCCAUCUCGAGACAAGGUGUCUAAAAGUAUAUGCAUGA